CGACACCUCUUCCCCAGAUAUUCCCCCCAACCCACCCAAACCCAACUUCAAGAUGGGUAACGCCAGCAGCGCAGUGUUGGAGAACAUUGUGCAAGGCUCAAAUUUUGACCGAGAUGAGGUUGAGAGAAUACGAAAGAGGUUUAUGAAGUUGGAUAAGGACAAUUCAGGUACUAUCGAGCGCGAGGAAUUUCUCAGCCUUCCCCAGAUCUCCUCGAACCCUCUUGCAACCAGAAUGAUUGCCAUUCUUGACGAAGAUGGUGGCGGCGACGUCGAUUUCCAAGAAUUCGUUUCGGGACUCUCUGCCUUCUCCAGCAAAGGAAACAAGGAACAAAAACUCCGGUUCGCAUUCAAGGUCUACGACAUCGAUCGCGACGGCUACAUUUCCAAUGGAGAAUUAUUCAUUGUGCUGAAGAUGAUGGUGGGAAGCAACUUGAAAGACCAACAGUUGCAACAGAUUGUCGACAAAACGAUUAUGGAGGCAGAUUUAGAUAGGGAUGGGAAGAUCAGUUUCGAGGAAUUUACGAAGAUGGUGGAGAAUACGGAUGUCAGCAUGAGCAUGACUUUAGAUCAAUUCUAAUAGGAUAUGAGCACCGAGCUGGAUUUAUGAGUUCACGACCAGCGUCUCUUUUCGUCAAGGUGAUUGACUCGAGGUCAGUCUUUGGUAAAGGUAUCGGGGUGUGGAAACUAGAGAUCCCAGAUUUAGUGCUAUGGGUUCGUGUCUCUCAAGAAUGAAAAUACCAGGCGUUACCCUCUUCAAUUUUAUCAGUUCAUUUUCACUUCAAUCUUACAAUUCUCGUAGGGCCAUAUGUUGUCUUUCUUUCCUAUAAUUCUGUGCACGUGCUUAGUCGUCUAUCUUGUUGCGUUCUGUUUAAUCCUCUGCACAUGGUUUCCAUCUGUUGAAACCCGAUCCACCCUUUGAACUGCUUCCUUAAAGGCGUCACAGACUCGUCUAAAAGAAACAGGACCAGCCCAGUUACUACCGGGGUAUCUAGGUAGGAUAACCAGAUUCAAGC